AUGGCGUUAUCGGUGGUCACAAUAAUCGUCCUGGAACUGACAACGUCAUCAACAACAGCAACGAUAACAACAACAACAAUAACGACGACAACCAUCACAACAACGACAACUACAACAACAACGACAACGACCACAACUACAACAACAGUGAAUCCAUGUAUAUCUGGCGAUUUACAUUGGAAUACGACUGGUAUUACUGUGCUUAGUGCAGCAACAGCACCAACAGGAACAUUACGAAUAGCAACAUCUGGUGUAUUUAUUGACUCGAAUGAUACUUUAUAUGCUGUAGAUGAGAACAGUAAUUAUGUUGUAUGGCAACUAUUGAAAGAUGAUGUAAAUGCAACAGUGGUAGCUGGAACUUUAGGAUCGAAUAGUACUCAACUUAGUUAUCCUAAUGAUGUUUAUGUUGAUAAAUCUGGAAAUAUAUAUGUAACUGAUGCCUACAAUCAUCGAAUACAGAAAUUUAAUAGUGGAUCAAACAUUGGAACAAUUGUUGCUGGCGUAACUAGAUCACCUGGAUCUGCAUUAAAUCAAUUAUAUAUUCCACGAUAUUUUACUUUCGAUUCAACGGAAACAUAUAUGUAUAUUGCUGACUACAAUUGCCAUCAAAUUAUGGGUUAUCCAACGAAUUCAACUGAGGAUACUAAUGGCGUUCUGAUGGCAGGUGGAACGGGACAAUAUAAUCAAAACACAUCGUUGUACGGACCAUGGGGUAUUCAUUAUUUACCAUCUAUAAGUACUGACAUAUUUAUAACAAAUAAUGGUGCACAUUCAGUCAUACGUUGGACUCCUGGUACUUCAGCAGACAGUUUCGUUGCUGGUGUACCAGGUACAUCAGGUUCUGAUUCAACUCACUUAAAUUCACCGGUGGGAAUAAAAAUUGAUAGUUUUAUGAAUAUGUAUGUGGUUGAUAGUGGCAACAACAGGAUUCAGUUGUUUUGUGCCAAUAGUAAUGUUGGUGUUACAAUUGUUGGUGAUGUUUCUGGGGGUAGUAGUGCAACACAAUUAAAUGGUCCACGAGGUAUUGCAUUUGAUUCAGCAAUGAAUAUGUAUGUUGGUGAUACAAACAAUAAACGUGUGCAAAAAUUUAUGAAACUCUAA